CGUGGCCAUCCUUGGGGCGAGGCGGGGCGAGCGAGGAGGCGGAAGUUCCCCACCGGCUGGCGAGGGACGGCGCAGGCACCGCGAGCCACUUGUCAGCGCUGGUCCCAGGCGGAGGUUGCGCCGCGCCGGUCCGGAGUUUUUCCAUUUUCUAGAACUGCACACUGAACCCUUGGAACCAUGAGCAACUACAAUGUGUCAUUGGUCGGCCCAGCUCCUUGGGGUUUCCGGCUCCAAGGUGGCAAGGAUUUCAACAUGCCUCUGACAAUCUCCAGUCUGAAGGAUGGUGGCAAGGCAUCACAGGCGCACGUCAGAAUAGGCGAUGUGGUUCUGAGCAUCGAUGGAAUCAGUGCCCAGGGAAUGACUCAUCUCGAAGCCCAGAACAAGAUUAAGGCGUGUACAGGCGCCUUGAACAUGACUCUCCAAAGAGCUUCUGCUGCAGCCAAGACUGAGCCGGUGGCUGUCCAGAAGGGUGAACCUAAGGAAGUAGUUAAGCCUGUGCCCAUUACAUCACCUGCUGUAUCCAAAGUCACUUCCACAACCAACAUGGCCUACAAUAAAGCACCACGGCCCUUUGGUUCCGUGUCUUCACCAAAAGUCACAUCCAUCCCAUCACCAUCGUCUGCGUUCACCCCAGCCCAUGCCGCCACUUCAUCACACGCUUCCCCUCCACCUGUGGCCGCUGUCACUCCCCCCACACUCUCUGCAUCUGGACUGCAUGUUAGUGCCAAUCUUAGUGCUGACCAGUGUUCAUCCCCAGCGAACACUGGUAAACCUGCAGUUAAUGUCCCACGGCAGCCCACAGUCACCAGCGUGUGUUCCGAGCCUGCUCAGGAGCUAGCAGAGGGACAGAGAAGAGGAUCCCAGGGUGACGUUAAGCAGCAAAAUGGCCCACCAAGAAAACACAUUGUAGAACGGAACACGGAGUUUUAUCACAUACCCACUCACAGUGAUGCCAGCAAGAAAAGACUGAUUGAGGACACUGAGGAUUGGCGCCCCCGGACUGGAACGACUCAGUCUCGUUCCUUCCGGAUCCUUGCCCAGAUCACCGGAACUGAGCAUCUGAAAGAAGCAGAAAAUGACAAUGCGAAGAAGGCAAAUAGCACCGAGGAGCCUUCUCAGCAGUCCGCAUCAGCCGGAGCCUCACCUCGGAGCGCACCUGAGGGCCCGGAGAGCCCAGCUUCAAGCAGGCCAGCGGUGGCUGGCCUCAGGUCCGCUGCUGCUUUCAAGCCUGUAGGACCCACCAGUGUCAAGUCACCAAGCUGGCAGCGUCCAAACCAAGCAGCACCUUCUACUGGGAAAAUUUCAAACAAUGCAAGUUCUUCAGGUACACGGGCACCUGUGAAUCCAGCUGUGGUGCCGCCCCAGCCAAGUGACCAAGACACACUUGUCCAAAGAGCUGAACACAUUCCAGCAGGCAAGCGGACUCCCAUGUGUGCCCACUGCAACCAAGUCAUCAGGGGACCUUUUCUUGUGGCUCUGGGGAAGUCCUGGCAUCCAGAAGAAUUUAACUGUGCUCACUGCAAAAACACAAUGGCCUACAUAGGCUUUGUAGAGGAGAAGGGAGCACUGUAUUGUGAGCUAUGUUAUGAGAAGUUCUUUGCUCCUGAAUGUGGCCGGUGCCAGAGGAAGAUCCUUGGAGAAGUCAUCAAUGCUUUGAAGCAGACCUGGCAUGUGUCCUGUUUUGUGUGUGUGGCCUGUGGAAAACCCAUUCGUAAUAAUGUUUUCCACUUGGAAGAUGGCGAGCCCUACUGUGAGACAGACUACUAUGCCCUCUUUGGAACAAUAUGCCGUGGAUGCGAAUUCCCCAUAGAGGCUGGUGACAUGUUCCUGGAAGCCCUGGGUUCCACCUGGCAUGACACUUGCUUUGUGUGCUCUGUGUGUUGUGAAAGUUUGGAAGGGCAGACAUUUUUCUCCAAGAAGGACAAGCCGCUUUGCAAAAAACAUGCUCAUUCUGUGAAUUUUUGAAAAUCAGCAGUUUCAGGAAAGAGAAGAAAUUUGAAGAAAAAGGAGGAAAAUUAAAAUUGCCAUUUAAUUUCUAGUUUUAAUAUUUAUAUGGAGUUCUCAAGUAAUAAUAGCCCUGAAGGGAUAGACUCCAACAUUAAAAAUCAAAUCUGAGAAAACGUUUGGCUUUAGAAAGUAACAGACAGUUCAGCAUUUAUUAUGAAUUGCCAGUAUUUCUGUCCAUGAAAUAGCCUUUAUAAAAAUCAAUUUCCUGGCUAUUAACUUCAUCUUAGAAUAAAUUAGCAAAGGAUUACAUUUUAGAAUUAAAAGUUUCUAGCCUUUAUGCUGAAAUGAUACUUUUGGGGGAAUAGUAGCUAUGAGAAUCCACAGAAGGCAAUAAAAGUGCCUUAAACCUUAUUAAUAAGAAUAAUUGUUUAAUAAACCCAUUUUAUCUCUAAAAUAGUAAGUAGAAGUUUAAAUAAAAUUUACGAGUAGGUGGUAUCUUUUCCUGUUUAGUGAGUGUACUUGCUUUGGUCUUACCUUUCAGUGAGAGGGGCCAUAGAAAUUCUUGAUCAAAGUGUGUUGUGCCAGUAAGGGAUCGUGUGAUCUCUUAUGUUCUCCCAGGUGCUGGCCGCUCUUCACAGGGAGCAGUUUGUUUGCAUUGUAUAUGGCUCUGGUCUAGACUGCCAUGCUCUUCGUCCCUUAUGCUGAGAUGAAGAUACUUCAGUAGUGUUAGACUCUAAUAGUUUUAUCUCCUUUUUAGAAAAGAGUAGGUAGAAGAUAAAGGAAUUACGGAAGUAAAGCAAGUGCAAGUAGAAAGUUAAAAGAACCACUUCCCACCUUCUGAUAACGAGCUGACUCGUUUUUACAUCUAUGUCUCUUAACUGACGGUUCAAAAACUCCUUUUGAACUCCUUUUUUUUUUUUUUUUGGAUUGAGGAAUAUGAUAAGAUCCAACUGUAUAUUGUUACUGUGUUUUUUACUUUUUUGGAGUUGUUUUGGGAUUUUGUUUCUUGUUUUUUUGUUUGGGAUUCUUUUCUAUCAGUAAGUAAAUCUCCUCUAGCUGUGUGAUCGCUGAGUUAGACAACUUUUGGUUUCUGGCAUUUGGUAGAAAGGGUGAGCCAUGAUGCAGUUCUCACAUGGUCCUGUCAUCUGUUCCUCAUGUGAGUAGAGCCUCGUGCAGGCACCGCCUGUAGUGAGAAAAGUGACUGGGAGACAGCUGUGCAGGGUGGCUCACUACCUAAGAAGAAAACAAAUGAUGGCAUUCCAUACUUUCUUUGUCUCUACAAUGAAUAAAAGCGCGUGAUCCUGCUGAGUUAUAGCUUAAAUCUGUGGGGAUAAGGUGCUUUCAAAAUCCAGAUAAGAGUUCCCAGGUUCCUGCUGCCCCAUCACUGAAGUGCACUUGUGCAUUGUGUGUGUGGGUGUGUGGGUGUGUGUGGGUAGUAGAGAGGAUAUCUUUAGACUACAGUAUUUGUUUAACCUCCCUAAGAACUUUCAAGGAUCUGUCGUGAAAGCUGCUAAUCUAUGGUCUAGUGAAUUUAUAUUAUAUGCAGAUAGUAAUGAACUGGGGGAUAAAUGAACAGUGAGGGUGAUACCACAUUGCAAACCAGAAGCUUCUCCAGUAGUAGCCCAGGUUACCUCCUCACCUGUGCUUGUAGGGAGGCAGGAAAUGUCUUCAGAAGUCAGUGCUGGAGCUUUGUACAUUAGGCCUGUGUGCUGCUGCAGUGAUCAGUGUCAGACUUGAUGACUCCUAUGCGUACUUCAGACCUCAAUCUUGGACUUUGGCUUUAUAUGACAAAAUAACUUGGUGAUUUUGUUUUGAUAUGGUAGUUUUGUUUUGUCUUUUAGAUGAUGUGCGAAGAUAAUAUUUGAAAACUCAUUGGCAUUUGCAUAUUCAAAGACUUUUCUUCGACUUUGAUUUCCUAUAACAUUUUCUUUCUUUAAGGAUAUCACAUUUUUUAUUAAGCCUUUACGUGUAUGUGUUACUUGUAGAGCAUAAUGCUGCAUUUUAUAAUGCUGUAUUUCUCUGAAUUUAAUCUGUAAAAGGCUAGUAUGGCUUGGUAAUUUGGCAUUGUGUCUAUAUUCUUUGCCUGUUUUAUGGCACGUUUUAUAUCCAUUCCUAAAACAGUGACCUCUGGGAGAUGAGCUCUAACCAGAGCCAGAAGCGGCCUGUGGUGGGCAUUGCUGUGUUUUGUUUACCAGCAUGGAUCUUUAGAUGUGUGGCCCAGCACUUUACCCUUCUGUCAAGCUCCCUGGGUGUUUAUCAGAAGUCAUCUGUGUCAGUAGCAUUUAUUUCACUACUAAGUUUUCUCCGAGCUUUGCUCCUGUGAGAUGGCUAUUUUGAAGGCUGUACUCGAUAAAGCCCAGAUGCAAACCAUCGUGCAUGACUUUACAUCUCUCAUUCAUCUUCUCAUUGUUCAGACUUUGAUGGGCCCACGUUGAUACUGUUUCUCUACUUGUUUGGACUGCCUGCUGCCUGCUACAGUACUAAUCUGCUUCUGUUCCUUGUUUCUCCAUGUUUUCCAUGGAAAAGGUUACCAUCCCCAGGUAAAACUGAAGCCAUGGUAUUAAAAUAAAAGGAACCAUUUUUGUUUAACAAAAGAUUUGUAAACAAAAACCUUUGAAUAUUGACAUAAAACUGUUUAAAAUUACCUGCAACAGAAUGUACUCUUUCUAAGAAACUCGAGGUUAGAAGCACUCCCAUAGAAAAGUAAUUACUGCAGUGUGAGUUCAGUGUAACAUUACUACUCUCUGGCAUUUGCAGUUUAGUCAUCUCCAUUGGAGCAAAGGAAAACACACGAGAUAGCCUCUCACAAAUGUACCCUUAUUUCAGUCUGUCCCUCGCCUCCAGUGUCUGAGGUGCUGGACUUAGAUACUUAUGUGUAAAAUGCUGAACCUGUCAAUUGCUGUCUUUUCUUUCUUCACAUUUUAAAGUUUGUGUAUAGCUGCUCUUUUGCUUUUGGAUAUAUUUUUAAUUAAAAAAAUCACAUGAGAAAUGUAAUCUGUAUAGUUAUACUUUAAUGAGCACAUACUCAAUAAACAACUGCCGUGAUGUCAACAGCA